AGGAAAAGAAAUUACUAAAUGGAAAUACUUCUUUCCCGCUUAUAACAAGUUUACACUUCAUAUAUCGUUUGUUUUAUUUGCAUAGCGAAGCAACCCCCACUGGAUUUGACAAUUAUUUGUCGAGGUGAAACUAAAAAUAGUGAAGAUUUGUGAUUUUUGUUUUACAAACCAAAAGGGUUUUAUUUUACGCUAUUUUAUAUUAAAUAAAAAUAUUUGAAUUGUAAUGGCUGCGGCGGAGUUGAAUCCCUUCGCCGCAUUACUAAAUGAACCGAAAGAAGAUGAGGGCUUCAAACAAGACUUGCUGGAGCGUAUUCUACUUUUCACAUUGCGUAAAGGUUCAACAUCUAGUGCUGCAAGAAGCUUCCCAUUAAUUUCUAUGACUGAUAUUGUUGUGGCUGUCGAUAAUGACACAACCGUAAGCGAAGAACUGUUGGGUCAUGCUAUUUUUGAACGCUUAAUGCUUAGCAAUCCUCAAGAUUAUUUAGUUGCAUCAACUGAAGGUGUUUGCGAUGAGGACGCUAAAGAGACGCGUGCAAUUUGCUAUCUACACCGUGCAUUUAUUGCUUGCGAACGAGCAAAAUCGGGAUUAUCUGAACAAAAUGAUGCUUGUGAAAAAAUACGAAAUAUAAUAAUAACAAAUGCCAGCACAUGCACACGUCAGCCAGAAUUAUUCACAAAUCAGAAUUUAUCCAUACAAUGGUUAGAAGUUCUGGAACACUCUGAUCCAAUCGAUACCGCAACGCAAGAAUUUUUUGUAGAAACAGUCAUUAAAGUAAUGGCUGAAGAUGAUCAGAUCGAAGCGCUGGGCGCUUUAAAAGCAAUAUUUUACCCAAUGCUGGCUGAAAUACAAAAACAAUUAGCAAACACCAAUCUUAUAACAAUUAAGAAAAAUACUUUUUGGACGCUUAGUUAUUUCGUACGCGACAAACGUGUACCACAAUUGGGUGAAGUGCUCAUCGAUUAUGUUACACCCAAUCCAAAUGCCAAAGGCAGUGAGUAUAUGGAUACAUUACUUGGUCAAUUACUUUGCCUAUCUAUUAUGCCCAAAAAAUCAAAUGGUCCGUUUGAGUUUUUUGCGGAAAUCAGUUUGGAGACACAACACUCCGAUCCAUCACUGUGGCAGCUUAUGGCAGUACAUCAAGAUGCGCUGUUUACGCUUGUUAAGCAAUUACUAGUAUUGAGCGCAACCACCAAAAAGAAGACUUUACAAUGGAUUUCUAAUUGCUUACACGCGAAUACAUCACGUGGCCAUUUAUGGAGUAAUAUUAAUUUGCCAUUUGAGCAAGUGAUAAACCAAAAUGCCAGCGAUUCCUUUAUGAUUGGUUUAACAGCAGUUCUACUACGCCUUUGCGCUCCACUGUGCGAACCCACCAUGAAAGUUUUAUUAGUCGACCCCACAUACUGUGCUGUCGCCGAAGCUGACCGUCAAGCAAAACAAGUUAGCUUGCUAAAAGCUGCAGAAGAAACAUGUCUUCUCCCUGUUGACGAGAAUGAAACGCGGGUCGUUGCAGAAAAAUUCAAUUUCGUCACCGAAUUAUUCUAUAUGACACACAAAGCAUUUGAACUAGGCUAUCGCGCUUGCAUUGAGCGUUACACCCGCAUGACGCGUGAACUGCAUAGUUUGCAAACAGCUUAUCAUGAUGUGGCACAAACAAAUCCCAACAACGAUUUAGCUAAAAAUCUAUUACGUAUGCUGAAGGAACAAAUGCAGCAAUACUUGUGUAUGCGUAACGGCCUAAUGGAACCCACAAACGAUACGCAUAUACUUAAAUUUUUCGAAGCAACCACCAUUUGGUUAACGGAAAUCGCGCUGGUUACCGAAGCUGAGUUUAAGGCUGCCGUUUUGAAGCAAGACUUUGCACCGCAUACGCGUAAAGAACGUCAAAUACCCGAUAAAUGUGAAUUUAUACCGCCAUAUUUGAAUUCAGUACCGGAAAAUGUUAUUGACAAUGUUGUUGCUUAUCUAAGUUUUAGCCGACAUUUUCCACCCGGCCAAUUUAUUGAGCUUUACCAGUCAUCACAUGAUGCGCUAUUCAAAAUGAUCGUUUUGUUUAUGGGUAGUGCCGAACUCGUUAAAAAUCCACAUUUGCGUGCUAAACUGGCUGAAGCGCUGGAAUUUCUACUACCCAAACAAAUUUCCGGCAGUAUGCGCAAUUCUUUCAUAACGCGUGUGUUCGAUAGUAAUGUGGAUCGCCUCAAGGUGGUGCGCAGUUUAUUAAAUGUAUUCGUAAGCAUCGAAAUGACAGGACAAUCGGUACAAUUUGAGCAGAAAUUCAACUACCGCCGCCCCAUGUAUGCCAUAAUGGAGUACUUAUGGACUAAAGAGGAUCAGGUGCAAUGUUUUAAGGACUUGGCUACGGAAGCAGAAGAAAAUAUGGAGGCUAUUGAACCACCACUGUUUUUACGCUUCAUUAAUUUACUUAUUAACGAUGCAAUUUUUUUGUUGGAUGAAUCGCUAUCCAAUUUGGAGCAAAUACGCCAACUACAAGAAGCGCAGAGUCGUGGUGAAUGGGAUGCACUUUCACAGAACGAUCGCCAGCAGCAGCUAUCCAGUCUACAUCACUUGGGUACGAUGGCGCGCAUCGACAAUAUACUGGGUCGUGAUACGAUCAACAUACUAAAGCUGCUUACAACUGAGAUUAAGAGCAUUUUUUGCCACAAUAGCAUGGUUGAUCGUAUUGCAUCAAUGUUGAACUAUUUCCUCUUGAAUUUAGUCGGGCCACAAAAGGAGCGCUUCAAGGUGAAAGAUAAGAAAGAAUUCGAAUUUGAUCCAGCACAAACAGUGCUGGAAAUUUGUCGCAUCUACAUUAAUCUCAGCACCAGCGAAGAAUUCUGUUUGGCCGUUUCACAAGAUGGGCGCUCAUAUAGCUCACAACUAUUCAAUUAUGCCGAAAAUAUACUGGUACGUAUUGGUGGUGGACAAUUAAUUGGUGAGAUAACUGACUUUGCAGCCAAAGUGCAACGUUUGGAGGUGCAAUAUCGUGAAGAACAAGAAUUUAUGGCUGACGCACCCGAGGAAUACCUCGAUCCGAUUAUGUCUACACUAAUGACAGAUCCGGUUAUGCUGCCCAGUUCGAAAGUGACUGUCGACCGUUCGACUAUAGCACGACAUUUACUCAGUGAUCAGACAGAUCCUUUUAAUCGUGCACCACUGACCAUGGAUAAGGUGCAGCCCAACAACGAACUGAAGCAGAAAAUCGAAGCGUGGAUGGCGGAAAAACGUGCCAGUGGACGUGCAGCAAAAAGUUGAAUAUGCUUUUGGUGCGAAAAAUAGCCAAAAAAUGUGAAAUGUAGCUGUAAGUGGUGCGUUAAAAAUGAUCCAUAGCCUUUUUGUUUUUUCGUUUGUUUUUUUUUUUUUUUCAUUUAGAAAGUUCAGUUAAGUUUGGCUUGCGUCAGUAGUUAUUUGCAUGUAUAUAAAUAAGUGUAUACAUAAAAGCAUUAAUUGAAAUUGCUGAGUUUUACCCAACAAUAAUUUCACAUUCCACAAUUUCUUUCAAUUCCUUGAGAAUUCAAAUUUUAAUGAAAAGUUUAAAGCUCAAGUGGAAAAUUAUUUUAGCUUGGGCUUAAAAUGGUGCUAGUUGCGGUCCUUGUAUGUUCUUAUUUUAUUUUAUUUGUAUAAUAUGAAAAGAUAUGUGAACUUUUUUUUGGUAAUAACUAAAAGUUAACAACUCCAACACUAUUUGUUUAUUCUUUUAUUUUUGGUAUUUAAAAGCAAAAUAUUCAAAAUAUUGCGAUUUUACAGUAAUUGUAAACGAUCCCUUGAAAACAUUGCUCCUAAUUUUUCUAACGGAUUUCGCUGCAUUUCUAUUUCCUUAAAAAUUUAAUUGUUGUUUGGUAUUUCAUUUUCUAAACUCAUGAAAAAAUAAAAAAAUGUCUAAAACACUGUGAAUGUAAUAUAAAAACUUUUUAGUGAUAAGCUAAUGCAUCCGGUGGUGCUCAGGGACACUGCCAAUUAGCUAACGGAUGCUUUGCAAUAUUUCUGAUAAUCGUCUAUACAGCUGUAUGUAUAGUACGAAGAUAUGUGUAUAUGAGUUCCAGCAAUAAGUACGUAUUUUUCAUUUAUAUAAAAUCAAAAAAAAUUACACAUAUUGUUUCGUUUAUUUAGUAAUUUCGCAAAAUAUGUUAACUAAUUUCAUACUUGUUGUUUGUAUAAUCCACCAAUAUUUUGUAUAUAUUAUUUUGCGAAUAUUUUAUGUGAAGGCCCAUACAAUUCCUUAAAUAUAUAAAAAUAUAUGUUUGAAAA